AGUGUUUAUAUAGGUCAUAGGCAAGCCACAAAGGACUAACCCAGGAAGAAGUGAGGCAGGAGAGGGAUGGGAGUUUGUUGAAAGGGCAGUUGCCUCCCUCCAACCUGCACAUGAUUUCUCCAUUCCCGUAGCCGAACCGCCCUUUCAUCUAUCUCAGUCGCAAACGAAUGCAGUUAACUUCAACACUCCCUCUGUUGAAACCGAGGAAUGUUGUUGUUGUUAUUAUUAUUAUUAUUAUUACUCCGUAUUAUAUAGUAUGUUAAGAUCUGCGCUCUUCGUCCUGCUUAUGUUGUUAGAACUGUGAAUCUAGCGGCUGUGAUGAUGUGGUUUUCUGUGUUUCCUCUUCCUGGGCUGUCUAAUUUGAGGCGUUUGGAGAACCAGAUCCGUAUCUUGGCGGGGCAACCCGGAAAUGGAACCGGUUGUUGCAGCCAUGGCGGUUUCGGCUCCAAUUUCCCUCUAGAAACACAGAUCUGAGCCUCUAAAAUGGAAUAGUAGUUUUACCCUUGCAUAGGCUCUUCUUUUCUCUGCAAUAUAUGUUUUUCUUUCAAUUUCAACAGAUCUGAUCAUCUGUGAGCUCCCCUGAUUCCUUUGAAAUCGAUCUGCAGUUUUGUAUUUAUCGUUUCUGUAUAUUGUCCGGUUUUUUUUCAAGCUUACGCACGUUUAUUUUUCUUUAGAGUACGACCACUCCAUUAUCUUCAACAAAUUAUCAUUUCCCGGUUUCACAAUUAUUCUGUCACGACAACCUUUUCAGUAGAGCAUGCUGCAUGUUAUUGAGUAAUGUAUUUCCUAUAUAUGCGUAAGAUUUGGCCAAGAUAAAAAAGCUAACUUUUCAUCCAUUAAUUCUCGAACCACUUCACUGAGUUCCUUUAUAAAUAAAAUGAAGUUGGGCUGUUCCAAAAAUGGAGUUAAGCUCUUUAAAGAAUGGAGCUAGGCUGUUUUUAUUUGGACUGAAAAUUUUUAUGUUUACUUUGUUAAAAUUUGUUUGAACUGUCCAGUCUGGUAUAUGUAUGGAAAUUAUUUUUUAUGUGUGGAUUUAGCACUGAGACCGCAUGGGAAAUGAAAUAUGAAUUUAUGUUUGUGUGUUUAGAUCACUCAGCACUGAUAUGAUAGGGGAGAUAAACAGUACAACGUAUAAUAAAUUUUAACUAAUAAUUUUUAAAAUAGAGUUCCAAACAAUGUUUUAUUUCCUUCACAUCCUCUCUCAAAUAUUCCUGAAGUUCAUGCUGCUAUGUGGCCUCCGUGUAUUAUACUUGCAUAAUGUGCCAGACAAGUUGCUAUAUAUUUGUAUAAUUGUAUGCUCUUUAGAGAAUAGUACUAAUAAUUUUUAUAAUACUUAUCUGAUAUUUAGCAAGUGGAAAUAUAUUUCAUUUGAGUUAAAGCUUAUGCUCUUCAUAAAUUCAUAACCCUUAAAUGUAUAGUUUAGACUUAUAAUUUUAUAUUAGGCAAUUUCAGAGGCAUCACUUUCUUUUCUACACUACAUACACUUGAGAAUCUCUAGAUUAUUGAAGUCCAUGUUGGGGUAGAAAGCCUCUUCAAAACAGGCUCUUAAUGAAUUAUCAUAUACAAGGUGACAUGUAUGAAGGAGGGGGAUAUUUCAUUUUUUAUGCUACCUUAUACUCUUCAUAUAUCUAUAACCGCUAAGUGCAUAGUUCGGACUUAAUUUUAUAUCAGGCUAUUUCUGAGGCAUCACUUUCUUUUCCACAUACUACAUUCAUUUCAGAAUCUCUGGAUCAUUGAAGUCCAUGUUGGGCAUGAAUGACAUCUGAGCUGUAUCUUGGCAAGGCAACACUCAAUCUCAUGAGCAUUGGUGUUUGCAGCCAUGGCGGCGUUACGAAUUCCCUCAGCUAAUACUACCUCUAUCCCCAUUACGUGGGUACAAGAGGAGGUAGUGUGGUUGCCAAAAAUGUGAGUUUAUGUGGUUGAUAUUGAAUUGAUUGGUGAGAAUAAAGUAUGAAUGAUUUAAAAUCAUACACAUUACCAAAUUCGGUAUGUACAAUGACUACAAUCGUUGUGGGAUGCACUGAAAUGGAAAGAUGAGACAAUCUUAGCGGGAGAAAGGGAGUAAUAAAUCGUCUUUAUGAGCCUCUAUCCUGAAAACCCAAGUGUGGUGUGAUUGUAUCUUUACCAAAUUCUUACAAGUUGAAUACUUGCUAUUUAGUCGUUCAUUCAUUCAUCCACUUAAGAAUGUCUUUCCAUACCAAAAUCUACAAUCAGAUUGGUUUGAUGUCAUGGAUUAUGAGGCUUUAUUUGGACCCAGAGAGGUAAAUGAGUUUUAUGGGUGGUUGCUCCCUCUAUUGUUUUUUAAGCCAAUGAUUAUCCCCGGAAGUUGUGAUCAAUAAGAAGCUCAACAACCGUUGAGGAUGAUGAGAUGAUGAUGAAUUAUAGAAAGGAUUUGAGUUUGCCUUGCCCCAAAUGUAGAACACAUUUUUUUUAAUAUUUGAAACAAGUAUCGCUCCAGAGGUGAUUUUUUUAUUAUUAUUUUUAGAAAAAAUCAUUGAUAACCCAUUUCACCAAAUUCAAUCACUAAAGUACCUCAAACAAUACUUAUUUUGAUUACUAUUUCACAAUUCAGCAUGUGAAAUUAGAAGAUAAGUGUUUGCUAAAAGAUUCAUUGAGAAGGUUAAAUGGUUGACAUAUUGAAAAAUGGGUUACCAAAUGGGCUCUUAUUAUUGUGUGAGAAUAUUUGACAGUGCAGUGAUUGUCGAAUAAACUAGAGCUGGGCUUGAUUCUUAGGAAGAUUACUUUGACAGUUUGACAUAUUUUUUAGCUGGCUAAACAGUAUUCUAGAGGGCUGUUGGUUAUUCUUUUGGAAAAUGGAUUCAUUGAUGAGUAGCAGGAAGAAGCAACCCCUCGAAAACAUCCCAUUUCAUAUUUUGGUGAGCUUGUUUCCAUUGUGUAUUUCUUUUCAUUCAAUAUCAUUCUACUCUUAACUUUUAUGCCCAUAACAUACAUAUAUUUCCUAGGAUUUGCAAGUGUUAUACAGUGGUUUAGUUAUUAAAAAUAUUUUUGAAAAGAUAAUAUUAGUUAUUAUUAUAAUAUUACAGAGUAAAAUACAAGCAUAAAUUGUUAUUGUUUUAUGUUGUAUUACUGCUUUUUAUUGAAUAAUUAUUCAAGGCUAAAAUGAGAGAAUUAGAAAAGGUAAGAGUACCUAAUUUAUUUUUAAUGUCAUAUGAGUGCUAUGUAAUUUAAUCAAAUUAAAUUUUAAAAGAUUGUGCUCCCUGUUCAAUAUAUUUGCAUGUUCUCCUCUACAGUUGUCUCAUUAUAAUGAUAACUUUUCUAAUUUUCGACACUGCUAACUGUGUACUCAUUCCUCAAUCACCAUUUCUCUUUUUCUUUGUAGAUAAAUUAUUAGGCAAUACUGGCUGCACUUGAUAGUCAGUUUUGGAAAGUAAAAGUAGAUUUUCAAAAGUAAGCAACUUACUGUGUUGACUAUUUUGUAGUGAAUAUAGUAGCACUUAGGCAAGUUUUGGGUUUCUGAUAGAGUGUUUGGUCCCUUCAUCUGCUACUUCUCAAUAAUAUAUGUAACCAACCACCCUUGAGUGUAUGAGGAGUCUGUGAUGAUUCCUGGCUACUGAUGUUGGUGCAUUUGGACAGCUCAAUCUGUAUCUUGGCAGGGCAAUCAAUCCAGAAUGGCCCGGUUUUUGCAGCCAUGGCAGUUUGGGCUUUUCACACUGGCUGCUGAAAACUCAGAAUCUGAGCCUUUCCAAAAGAGUUACCUCUCCCAAACAGGAUCUUAAAGGAAUGUCAUAAACAAUGGAUGAAAUGAAAGGUAAUAAGAAAAGAGGUGGCUCCAGAGGUCAUUUUGAGGUUUUGUUUCUAUUAUACAUCUUGAUUUUUAUUUGCUCUUAAAAGAAAAAGGUUCUUGUUGUUUGAUUUAAUUCUGUUUGGUAUAACAACCUGUUAUGAUUAAUUAAUGAUAAAACAUACAUACUUUCUCUUAAAUGCUAUUCAAUGUAACUUUUUAAAAAAUUUCUUGUAUUUUGAAAAAAAGUUUUGAAUGGUAAAAGAAGCUUUUAUUUUGAAAAAUUAUUUUGAAAAAGAUUGUGUACCAAAAGACAUGAUUAAAGUAGCUUUUAUAAAAUUUUGAAUGGUAUACAACCUAAAUCCGGACUCCAGAGUGCACAUGUAAGACCUUCAGUGUUCAUAAUUGGUCAGAGGCAAGCCAGGAAGGAAAAUUGUAGCCCAAGAAGAAGUGAGGCAGGAGAGAGAGGAGUUUCUUGAAAGUGCAGUUGCCCCCCUCCAACCUGCACAUGAUUUCUCCAGUGUUCAGAGUUGGUCAGAGGCAAGCCAGGGAGGAAAAUUGUAGCCCAAGUAGAAGUGAGACAGGAGAGGUAGGGGAGUUACUUGAAACUUUUGAAAGUGCAGUUGCCUCCCUCCAACCUGCAUCUGCACAUGAUGUCUCCAAUCCCCUCACCGAUCCGCCUCGGGAUGGACUCGGGCCGGGUUAUCUGCACCGUAACCGGCCUGAACUGGCACUGUUAUGGCCCGGAUUGGCCCGGUCCCCGAUUCUGUGACUGGUUAGGGCCACCUGGCCUGACACUGUAGAGGGGUGGUUCCCGGGCCUCCCAAAUCACGAACCGGCCUGGCCGAUUCGGGCCCAAUUCAGUCCAUUUUUUAUUAUCACAUUUUUUAAAAGGGUACCCGGCCCGGUAACCGCCGGGUGAACCGGCCCGACCCGGGCCCGGAGCUACCCGGGCUGGUUUCCGGGCCUCAUUCUAAAAAAAGCCUGGUCGAAACCGGACCGAGGCCCGGCCCGAACCAAGUCCAUACCUAGAUCUGCCCUUUCAUCUCAGCAAUCGUAGGCGGAUGUUUUUACUUAACUAGAAUUUUCUUGUCUGGCCUAUGUAAAUCUAGUUUGAAGUUUGAAUUGGUUUGGUUUGUUGAGAGAUGUCUGGUGUAUGUAAUUUAUGACUAUCUAAGUUUGGUUUGGUCUGUGAAGUGUUAAAGUGUGGCCUGGUCUCGGAAUCAAAUGAGUGCAAGUGUAAACAUUCUUAACUUCAAAACUCACCUUCUUGAAACUGAUGAAAGUCAUCAUCAUCACCAUCACCAUCACUUUGUAACACGUAGUAUCAUCAUCACUUGUGAAUCAAGCAGCUGUGAAUCCGUGGUGAUGUGGUUUUCUGUGUUUCCUCUUUCUUGGCUGGCUAAAUUGAGGAGUUUGGAGAACUUGAUCCGUAUCUUGGCAAGGCAACCUGGAAGUGGAACAGGUUGUUGCAACCAUGGCGAUUCUGGCUUCCAUUUCCCUCUAGAAAGGAAGCUUCUUUUAAAAUCAACUAGUAGAACACCUGCACCGUUGGUGAAAUUUUAUCUAUAAAAUUUUAGUCAAAUAAUAAAUAAAUAUCGAAUUUGUAAUUUCAAUUGAAUAGUUUAGGAUUAUAUAUAAUAAUACUUUGACAUAAUGAAAUAUAUUCCCUCC